CGCCCCGAGGGGGCCGUCAGACCGGGAGCGACGCCGCCGCAGAGGCAUCGACGCGAUAUUUUCUUUCCCUUCUAUACCGCUAGCUUUUUUUUAAUUAUUUUUUAAGUGAUUUUUCCCCCUACCUUUAUUUAUUUACGGUUUGUUUUCGCUGACGUUUUACAGCGAAGGGUUUAUCCCCGCGCACGAAGCAGCAGCAGAGAGAGGAGCAUCUCCCCCGUUCUGAGGCUUCGGGGAGGAAACCUCGCGUUCGAGCUCUUGUGGAGAAGGCCCGGCGAGCCCCGCCGCCAAGGACAAAAGAGCGGCCGCCGACCCCCGGCACCGCCCCCGCCAUGAGCAGCGCCGAGAUGGGCAAGUUCAACAUCUCCCCCGACGAGGACAGCAGCAGCUACAGCUCCAACAGCAACGACUUCAGCUACCCCUACCCCACCAAGCCCGCCGCCAUGAAGAGCCACUAUGCGGACAUCGACCCAGAAAACCAAAAUUUCUUGCUCGACUCCAAUCUUGGAAAGAAGAAAUAUGAAACUCAGUAUCAUCCAGGUACGACUUCCUUUGGAAUGUCAGUAUUUAAUCUGAGCAAUGCUAUUGUGGGUAGUGGCAUCCUUGGUCUUUCUUAUGCCAUGGCUAACACUGGAAUUGCUCUUUUUGUGAUACUCCUGCUGUUUGUCUCAAUAUUUUCCUUGUAUUCGGUGCAUCUCCUUUUGAAGACUGCCAAUGAAGGAGGAUCUUUACUGUAUGAACAGUUGGGAAUGAAGGCAUUUGGUAUGGCUGGAAAACUUGCUGCUUCUGGAUCAAUUACAAUGCAGAACAUUGGAGCUAUGUCAAGCUACCUCUUCAUAGUGAAAUAUGAGUUACCAUUGGUCAUCAAGACAUUUAUGAACAUCGAAGAGACCACAGGAGAAUGGUAUCUUAACGGUGACUAUUUAGUGCUGCUGGUGUCUCUCAUCGUCAUUCUUCCCCUGUCCUUGCUGAAAAAUUUAGGAUAUUUGGGCUAUACCAGUGGCUUUUCCUUACUUUGCAUGGUCUUCUUUCUGAUUGUGGUAAUUUGGAAGAUGUUUCAGAUUCCUUGUCCUAUGGACAGUGACAUCCUGAACAUGACGUUAGUAAAUGUGACACUGGCACCUUUGGUAGAUGAAAACAUAACAAGUGACGAUGUGUGCAAGCCAAAAUAUUUCAUCUUCAAUUCACAGACUGUCUAUGCUGUCCCAAUCCUAACAUUUUCUUUUGUCUGCCAUCCUGCAAUUCUUCCUAUCUAUGAAGAACUGAAAAGCCGAAGCCGUAAAAGAAUGAUGAAUGUGUCCUAUGUAUCUUUUUUUGCCAUGUUCCUCAUGUAUUUAUUGGCUGCUCUCUUUGGAUACCUGACAUUUUAUGGAAAAGUUGAACCAGAACUGCUUCAUACCUAUUCUGCUUAUCUGGGUGCUGAUGUUCUUCUUCUUAUUGUGCGUCUUGCUGUACUUAUGGCUGUAACCCUUACUGUACCUGUAGUAAUUUUCCCAAUCCGCAGUUCCAUUACCCAGCUGUUGUGGGCAGGGAAGGAGUUCAGCUGGUGGCGUCACUGUUUCAUUACAUUUGCUCUUCUGGCAUUUACCAUCAUGCUUGUUAUCUUCGUCCCUACUAUCCGAGACAUCUUUGGAUUCAUUGGUGCAUCUGCAGCUGCCAUGCUGAUCUUCAUACUUCCUUCUGCCUUCUAUAUCAAAUUAGUGAAGAAAGAACCAAUGAAGUCAGUGCAAAAGAUUGGGGCUGCAUUCUUCUUUCUAAGUGGUAUACUUGUGAUGACUGGGUGUAUGACACUGAUUAUUCUAGACUGGACCCAGGAUGUUGCAUCCGAUGGGCAUUAACUGUCCUGGUUGAAUCUUUAAUGCUCCACUUCACAUGCCAGUGUUCGCUCAGAUACCUACUGAGAAUGAAAACGAGCUAUUCAGCUUCCUUUAAAAUGCAGAUUCUUUGUUGAUGGUUCUUCUGAUUGUAGAAUACCCGAAUUCUGUCUUUAAGAAACUAUUCUGCAUGAUGGAAGUGGAUAUUAACAUCAAACCACGUGAGUGUCUGGCUGAAGGAAGUGACAACUUUAUUCCAUUCCAGAGAAUGGACAGAACUCUCUGUAGACUUUUAUCAAGCCAUGUUUGGCUUUUGUCAUUGUUACUUGGAUAUUUUGUUAUUUUACUUGAAUGUGCCUAAUGGAACCAAUUGGUGUGAGAAAUAACUCUUUAAUUUACAGCAAAGUGUUUAAAUAACCAAUGAGAGAGAGAGAGAAAUGCUAUUAUUUUUUGUACCAAAAAAUUCUUAUGGACCUCAAAAGCACUACUUUGACUUUAAGAAACAUUUUCCUAAAAAGAAUGAAAGAAUAACAUAGAAGAGCUCAUAAAAAUAUUUAAUUGGUGUCCUAAAUUAAACUUAGUUUGCCUUUCUGUAGAGGCAUAAUGAGAAGAAAUUUUAUUUAAAAAAAUACAGAAAAUUAAUCAGUUCGUCAAAAUUCUCUAAUUAUAAAUGCUUCCCAUGAAAUACACUUAGCUCAAAGUAGAGUGAAAAUAAUCCUGAAAAUAAAUUGUCAGCUUACUUAAGUAACUACAGUUACCUUAAUUCCCAAAUUGGUGUGGAAACCCAAAUUCUCAAGCUUUAAAAAACCCACCCUUUAGAAGGGGUACAUUUGAGGAAGACGUAGCUAAUCUAGAAAUUGUAAAGAUGGUGUUGAUGUUACCCUUCUCGAGGUACUCAAUAGUGCAAUUGGGUAAAACAGGGUUUGGGGGUUUUGCUUUUUUUCAGUUGUGGUUUGUUUGUUGUUUUUUUUUUCCUGUUACAAACUGAAUGGCACCGGAGCAUCUCAUGCCAUUAAUGUAAAACUCCUUCCUGGAGUUCUGUCCGUUAAUAAGGUCCAUUGUCAGUUGUAGCAAUGUUUGUUGUUUUUUUUUGUUUUGGUUUGGGGGUUUUUUGUUUCUUUUUUUUCCUUCUGUCCAAUCUGUCUUGAAACGCUCUGUAGGAUAACAAAAAGGACCUAAUGUAGUUUACUAGUUGUAUAAUAUUCAAAAAGUGUACAGUGUUUCUCAAAUUACUUAUCCAUUAUUGGAUUUUGAACUACUUGACUAUUCAAUAGUUUCUGAGUCAAAUCCACAAAGUAACUGCACCAGUAUUUCAUGCUUGGUACAAACUCUCUUCGCAUACACAACUGGGAUUCCUCUUGCAAUUUAUACUCUAUAGUAGUAUUGAAGAUAACCUCAUAGACUGGGUAGUCAUCUCAUACUUGUUUGCUUCAGAAAUAGAUAAGUUCCUAUGAGCCCUAGUUAGCUAGCUGAUGAAACAGGUGCUGUAUGAUUGUGAUGAGCUGUUUUGUUUCUAGUGCAUGUUUACUCUUUCAUUCUUAUCCCAGGCUGAAGAGAAAUAACACUUGUAGAACAGCAUACUUGGCUUAUAAGAGGUUCUCAAACACAACAAUAUUGGGUACAAAAGCCUAGAUAGAAGUUAUUAAUGAAAUAAUCAUGGCAAUGUGGUCAACUGUCUUCAUCUGACAUGAUGCUUUAAGAAUCUGAUAUACAAAGUUCCACUUGGUCCCUGUGUUAGAAGGAACAAGAGAGGGCCUGUAAUCCAUUGACUAAACAGUGCCUGAGACAUUCUUUGCUCUUGUAGAAUUAAUCGGGAACAAAUCUAAAUGAUAGUCCCUGUUUGGCAGGUAAUGGCAAUCUCUGCCCAGCCAUUUAAAAUCUGUGGAAAAAAUUGCAGGUAUUUUGUGUUUAUAUUUCUGCAUGACUGUGAGUACUGGUCACUAAGUCUGUGGUGUGAAACUGUAAUGAGAAGUUAGAUUCCUCUUGUGUUGUUCGUAUUAUUAGUCUGGUGGUACUCAACUGGCAAUUAUCGAUCCCGGAGUCAGCACUGGCCAAUGCUCCUUAGGUACUUCUCUGCCUCAGGUACUGGACAUCCGUGGCUAACUAUCCUGCGUUACCUGAUCUCCACGGAAGUGCUGAGCGUGUGCCUCCUCAGUACUUUGGCAGCUUUUCUUCUUCCUCUCUGCAAACAUAGAAAGACGGAAGAGGAUUAAAAUGUUGUCUGCCUUUGAGCGAUUUGUAGCACAUAAGGGAUGAAGCGCUUCCCUUGCCAGCAUUUACAAGAAGAAAAAAGAAACGAAGUGAGAAACAGCCUCCUUUCUCUCAGUAACCCUGGAAGAGGAAGGAGGUGUAAAUGAGAAGCUGCUACACAGUCCUUCUCAGCAGCCAGAGAGGGGGAAGCUUUUGGUGAUGACGCCUCAUAAUACAUCAUACAUGUCACUUAAUUCUCUGAAUGUAGCAGUUUCCAGAUUUUACAUGAUGUGUUAUAUUAUUUGAUGACUGGCUCUCCACCUGCAACAGUUGAGUUCCACUUGGCUGGGUUGAUUUCCAACAGCUGAAUUAUUUAAUUAUAUGAAUUUUUUUCAAACCUGUCUUCUUAAAGUUACCUACGUUACAAACCACCUAAAAGAGCAGCUUCAGUAUUAAACCACUGUUCUGUCACCUCAGUUAGGCAUUGUCUUCCAUGAUAUUUCAGUCAUAAAUGUAACAUGUUAUUUAUAAAACAUUAAUCCAUUAAAACUAAACCUAUUUUUCAGUAUUUAUGAUAGUCUAUUGUAAAUAACUGUAUGUUUGUAUAUAAUGUAUAUAAUGCAGGUUUGGGACUUGGUAUUUCUGUAUAUAUUCCUCUCUCAUUGCUGAUAGUUACAUCAUUUCAAGGAGUUGUUCGUGCCGUACAUCUGUAUAACAACUGUCAAAGGAAAGAUUCUUAAACAACAAGAUGUAAUGCCUGUAACCAUGGCAGAAAUGUGUUACACCGAAUGUGUACAAGAGAACACUAAGAUUGUAUUUAUUACAAAUGUAUAUGUUGCAAUAAACACAGGAGUCACUUGGGUCCAUAAAAAGCAUCAUUCAGGUUCAUGUGUACUUUUAGUCUAAAAUUUACCUUGGAUGUUACGAUUUCCUGAAUGCAGCAACUUAACAGCUUUUACGAUCUAACCUAUUUGUUAGGCCACCGAAUUCAGGCAUCCUGCGGUACAUCUGUGUACAUAAUGUAAAUAUUCACUGUAUUCUUAGAGGCCAACUGUCUAGCAACAGUUGUUGGCAGACCUUGCAACACAGUUUCAAUGAAACAUUGUAUGUUUGUUUUAAAUGAAAUAAAUAAAUAAAUGGGCAAUCCUGA